UACGUAGUAUUUUAUGCUAUUAAAUCAUUCUGGUAUAUUUUAUAAUUACGAUACUUCCUUUUUCAAAACUAAGUUUACGUUUUAUGUAGAUGUAAGAUUUAUAAAGAGAAAGUGGAUUAUUUAAAUCUUAAACAUGUCGAAUUUUUUUUAAAAAGUGUUGUCUUUGUUAUCGCUUUUACUAAUUUUGAAGUAACUGGUGUGGAUUUCACUCUAAACAAGGAGAGAGUUCUUCUAGGCAGCACAGGAACAUUAACUAUGAGAUGUAGUAUCACUGAAACAGAUGUAGAUCGUAUUUACCUUAUACAGAUACGAAGACUUAAAUCAACCACGCAUUCUGGAUCAGAUCCUAAUGAUUGGCAGACAUUAGCAUUAAUGGAAGUAGGUAGAAAUGAAAAUCCUACGUUAACAGAUGAUAUUACAGCUGUAGCAGCUAGUAAAGAUUAUGUUGCUGGAGGAUCAUGGGAUUCUACAACACUUGCUAACACAUAUCUUACAUUGUCUAUGAGCAUGGAGAAGAUGGUUUGUGAUGAUGCCAGGUAUUAUAGAUGUGAAUUGUCGUAUAAAAGCACAACAUCAGGAACAAUUGCUAAUGUUUACAGAAACGUCACGUUUUCAGCAUAUGUAAAACCUCAAGUGACAUCAUUGAUAACAAGAAAGAAUGGUUUUAUAGUAGAAGGAAUGUCACCAUCAAACAUGGCCAUUGCUGACGUAGGAGAUGAGUUGCAUCUUACGUGUACUGCUAAUAUAGGAAGUUUACCAGGAGCCCCUAUUCGAUGGCAUAGAACAUCAGAAACUUCCAAAAAUGAUGACUUUAUUGGCUAUCAACCACCAGAAUAUACAUAUGAUAAGGGCAUUGCAAUCAGUGACAGUCAGUGUGGAUAUACACGAGUGGCUUCAAUCAGAUACUACACAACAGCAGCUGAUGCCAAUAGGGAAAACAAUCUGGCAUUCGAGUGUUUUGUUACAGUUAGUGGAGAUCCGUACGGACUAUCUUACACAUCUGAAAACAAUCCAAAAUUUUAUACUGCCGUUACUAAACCAGACAAUGGAAACACAGUUUCUAACAUUGGCACAACAGGUACUGACGUAUCACUGGCUAUUUUCAUGGGGACUGUGAUUUUCGCACUAGUCUUUGCGGUUCUCUCAGGUGUGGUAUUUACGCUCCGUUGUUUAAUAAGGACAAAAACAGGUCAUACAACUCAAGAUCAGCAUCAACAUAUACAAAUUCAAGAAACUAGGAUAAGUGACGUUGCCAUUUCAACAAACACGUACGAACAACUUCAAAACAGAGGGGAUACGGAGGGUAGAAUGACCUACGACUCACUUAAUGUGAGUUCCAGUGGAUCACCAAUCAGCUCAUCACAAUAUGAAAAUCUGACACAUUGAUAAGAAAUACCUCACACUGAUGCAGAUGUAAAACACAACUGAUAAAAAUGGAUACAUUUUGAGACUUUAAGCAAAAUGAAAUCCAACAUCGAGAACACGUUAUUAAAUGACAUUAUCUUGAUGUAUGACAAUGUGAUAUCUAAAUUCAACAACUGUAGAACAAAACAAAAAAAACACUACAUGUGACGUCAUUCUUAUCCCUAUUUUUCAGGACAUUUGUAAUCUCGAAUAGGCUUUUUGCCCAUUUUUAUUUUUUUUGAAGAUAUUAUAGAAUUAUGAUAUUGUUUUAUAUUUGACUUUUCAAAUAUGUCCCUGCAUGUUUUGUCAAGCAAUCGUAUAGCACUUAAGUUGCUAUUGUGUACAAAUAUAAGAACUAUCUGAAAAACUUUA